CACCAACCAAUCCUCAUGCUUCCAUAAUUGCAUUCCCGAAAAAGCCAUCUCCGCUCCACUCCAUUGCUCUCCUAUGCUUGCUCGCUUGCUUGCUUAUCCACUCUCCCCACCCACUUUAAUGGCGACCAACGCUUUUCUGCCUUAAUCCGCCGCCCCCUUUUCGAGCCCCUGAAGCUUUUUUUUCAUCCACCCGAACUUCAAUUCCACCAAACUUCCUCAAUCAAUCUAUAAAUACUCACUUGUUUUCUCUUUUAACUUUAUACGCCUGAUUUGUGAACUCUAUGGGGUUUCUUCGCGGCGAUGUGUCCGGACUCAAACAAUUGGAUUUAUUUCUGAGAUUGUUUGUUGUUCCCUUCGUCGUUGCGACCAUUUGGAUCGGCGUCGAGGCGCGCCAAAAUAACAGUGAUUAUGGCGAGCUGGGGAUGGACAAUCUCACAGGGAUCAAGUACAUGGUGUGUGUUAGUGCUGUAUCUGGCGGAUAUGCCCUGUUUGGUGCUGUGUGUUUAUGCCUAAGAUGGUUGCUCACUAAAGCUUGGCUUUUCUUUGUUGCUGAUCAGAUAUUGGCGUACUUAAUGGUGACCUCAGUGGCGGCACAGGGGGAGUUUCUCUACCUGGCCUACAAUGGUGAUCGGGAAGUCUCCUGGAGUGAGGCCUGCGGCUCAUACAGCAAGUUGUGCACCCGAUUGAGAAUGGCUUUGGGCGUGCACGUCGUUGCCGCCGCUUGUUUCUUGGCAUUGGCUGUAAUAUCAGGUUACAGGCUCUUUAGGAGGUUUGAGCCUCCUUAUGUCCCUUCUACUACUUCUACUGGACAAUAAAGGACUUAAGAAAAAUUUCUAACCCUUCUUUUGGUCUCUUCCCUGCUUGCUUUCAGUUGGGAUUUUAAUGUAUGGUAGCAUUAUUAUCGAAAUUACAUAUUGAUUUAAAUAAAAUCUUUUUAGGCUUUUGUUUGUU